AAAUAUUCUUAAAACGUCAGUUCACCUCCGAACUCAUGUCAUGAGCGUUUCGUGAAAGCCCCAUUUUUUUUUAUGGCGAAUUUACGGCAAAUCCCCUUAACCUGCAGCGGCCACACGCGCCCCGUUGUCCAUUUGGAUUUUAGCGGCAUCACCGAGAGCAGUUAUUAUUUAAUAUCCGCGUGUAAAGAUGGAAAACCAAUGCUUCGACAAGGAGAUACCGGAGAUUGGAUAGGAACCUUCGAAGGUCAUAAAGGGGCCGUUUGGGGUGUAGCCCUCAAUCAAGAAGCCACAAGAGCCGCAACCGGAGCCGCGGAUUUCACGGGAAAAGUUUGGGAUGCAAUUUCCGGAGAAGAACUUCACUCGUUUCAACAUAACCACAUUGUUAAAAGUGUUGGUUUCUCAAAAGAUAGUUCUGCUUUAGUAACUGGUAGUAAUGAACGUCUCGUGCGUAUUUUUAACUUAGAAAACACCGAGUCUUCGUCCGAUAUAUUUUCCGGUCAUUCCGCUGGUGUUCGUCAUGCUUUAUUCUUCCGUAACGAUCGUUGUCUGGUUUCUUGUGCUGAUGACAAAACGUUAAGAGUUUGGGAUCGUGCGAGCGGCCAAGAAAUACAAAAGUUGGACUUUCCAGCUGUCCCAAACAGUUUAGAGGUGUCUCGAGAUGGUUCCGUUUUAACAGUGGCCCAUUCCAAAACGGUUACUUUCUUAAACGCGGAUAGUUUGCAGAAAAUUAAAGAUUUUUCUAUCCCUACAACGGUUAAUUCCGCCUCUUUACAUCCCGAUAAAACGAUUUUUGUGGCUGGAGGGGACGAUUUAAAAGUUUAUAAAUUUGAUUAUGUUAACGGAACCGAAAUUGAAUCGUUUAAAGGACAUUUUGGACCGGUUCAUUGCGUGCGAUUCUCCCCUGAUGGUGAAUUAUACGCAUCAGGAUCUGAAGAUGGCACAUUGAGGCUUUGGCAAACUACCGUUGGGAAAACUUACGGCUUGUGGAAAUGCGUCGAUGGGAAUCAACUUAAUAAUGAUAGCUUAACUCAGAAGGAGGUCAUUGCGAGUUAAAACACUUUUAAAUUCUCAAUAUAUGAUUUAAUUAUGAUUAAUUUUUUCUUUUAUAAUUUAUUUACGAAUGUAAUUCUGUUUUGCGAUGUGUUGCAGCAGUAGACAUUGUUCGAUUUACUUUUUCUUAGAGUUUCUACUUUCGAUAAUAAAAAAAAUGUUUUCUCAGUG